AGCAAGAUGUCUGUCAAAACGUUGAACAAUAUGGCGCCACCUCUCGAUUUCUCCUUCAAAAAUCUUGCCACGCUCACAGAUUCAUUGGAAGAGGAACCCAGAAAAGGAACAAAGUUAAAGGAUACUGAAUUACAGGAAGGUUACACCGACAUAGUGACAGCAGUGAGGUACAACAACAACUCAAUACACGACUUGGGAGACCUGGUUCCCUCCAUAACCUCCCUGGUGGUUAACCCUGCGGCUAUCAGCUGGCUAGAUUUCUCUUUCAACGACAUCAACGCGCUAGAUGAUGCGCUGCUGCAAUUUCCCAAAAUCACGACUCUCUAUCUCCAUGGUAACCAGCUCAUGUCGCUCAAUGAGGUCAAAAGGUUAUCUGGUUUACCAGGCCUUCGUACCUUAACUCUUCAUGGAAAUCCUCUUGAAGCCCUGGACGGAUACCGACAGUUCGUGUUGGGUACACUACCUUCCCUCAAACAACUAGACUUCAGCUCCGUUACCAAGCAGGAUCGAGCAGACGCCGAGAACUGGAAGAAGUUGUGCAGCAAGAAAAUGAAGAUGAGCAAGAAAAAGAAAGCCGCCGAGUAAAUUUAGUGAAGUGGUGUGAACUGUAAACUUUUCAGAUGUAAAAUUGAUGUGAGAUUGUCGGUCAAAGGGACAAGAAAUAUGUGUGAUGAAAAGCAGUCAAAUUUUGGUCGUUCAGUUUAAUGAACUACCGGUUCUUUAUUGACAAACUCAUUUUCUUAAUAAAGCAAUUACAAACCUGGUAUACAGGAUAUUGAUAGUUGAUACCUCUUCUGUUCAAGUUGAAAGAGCCAAAAGCAAUUAUGAUUGUUAUGUCCGAACCUAAGAACUUUUGUACAUACUCCGAGUUUCUGUAAAUUAGAUUUUAUACAAUUUCGUGUUUUAGAAAGAACCCUGAA